AUCAACCACGACGCAGUGAAGCCGUUCCCGCAGCCGGAGCCCGUCACGAUCUCGGAAAAGGCCGCGAUCAAGUUCAAACCGCAGAUCCGAAUUGCCACAGGGUGCGUCCCAUACCCCGCUGUGAACGAUGUGGGCGAGACCAGCGGCGGUCUUCAGACUUCCGGCAGCCCCAAGGGCGGAUGCAGAGGCUCCGGCCACGGCUCGCAGGUCUACGGACGCGCGGGCUGGUUCAAUGACGUCUGGGCCAUCAUGUACUCGUGGUACUUCCCCAAGGACUCGCCGUCGUCGAGAAUGGGCCACCGUCACGACUGGGAGCACGUCGUCGUGUGGAUCAACAACCCGGACGUCCCGGAGCCCAAGAUUCUCGGUAUUUCGGCGUCGGCUCACAGCGGCUACAAGAAGUACUCGUCUCCUCCUCCUGAGAACCUGGACGGCAACAGUGUCAAGGUCAACUACGAACACGCUUGGCCCAUCAACCACGCGCUGGACACCACCGACAAGGCCGGCACGUUCCAGGACCUCAUCAUGUGGGAGCAGAUGACGGAAGACGCCCGCAGGGCUCUGAACGCAGUGCACUUUGGCAAGGCCAACACGCCCAUGAACGACGGCAACUUCCGUCACAAGCUCGAGAGGGCUUGG